AGCAUGUACUUAAACAAUUUAGGUAAACCUGUGAGUACCUCCUCCAUUAAGGUUAAAGGCUGAUGUGUUACACUGUACACCAUUGUAACUUUUCCAGUUCUAAAAGGUCCCCUGUCUUUUCUGCUGUGCACUUUAUUGUCCACCAUACAGUUUCACACCCAGUCAAAAUGUUAUUAUUUAUUAGAGCUAAGAUAGAUUUCUGUCUGUUUGCAGGAUCACACAAAACUCGAUAAGAUAGAAAAUAUGAAUAUCCUUGUGGUAUUUUGACCAAAAUACGUUACAGAUAUUUCAUUAAGACCCCAAGAAACUAUAUCAACUGUGGUAAAAUGGGCAUAAUAUGUCCCCUUUAAAACAAGAUAAUAAUAACUGUGCAUAUUCUAAAACUAGAGCGUGACCGGCAGCUCAAUCUCUCUCUUCAAGUCUGUAUUUCCCGACUGUCCCCUGUGUGGCUGCAGGCUGCUCCGGCUGUGCGUCUAUUGGCUGUAUCCUGUGGGUGAGGAUGGGUGAGGCUGUGAGGAGGAGGAGGAGGAGGAUGGGAGGGGUGAGCUUGACGGAUGGAGUCUGACAGGAUGCAGCUUCGCCUCAGCGGGCUUCUCCUCCUUCCGUCCUGCCGGCACGAUGCGCUGUGCGUUAUGACGCCAGGCCGUUGGACGAGCGCAUUACGUAGGGCAGCUGGAGCAGCCUGGAUGCUCGCUCUGUGUUAUGUAAUGUAGUGCAUCGGAUGCUGCAAAGGGACGGACGGCUGAUCUACUAACGACCGACGGUGUGUUGGCUUGUGAGUGACCUCAGCGAGAAGCGAACAAUGCUGAUAGUGCGUCGGUGUUGCAGAGUGAUAGAGCCCGUGCGGACACCGCCAGCCUCUCCCUGAGGCGCACAGACGGCUGGAAUCUGCAGAAGCUGCAUUUUUAAUUCUCCUGCCCAACCAGAAGCAAGUCCCUCUUUCAAUCCGUGUCCUCUGUCUGUGGAAAUAAGCCAAUGCAGGUUGGUUUCGGAGACGCAUCCAGAUCACAUUUAUUUCUCCAUCGCAGCGGAGUGAUCGGUGGUAUAAACAAUGGCGGGUCCCGAGCAGCAGCAGCAGCAGCAGGUGGAGGAGAAGGCAGAGCACAUAGAUGAUGCUGAGAUGGCUCUGCAAGGAAUCAACAUGCUGCUCAACAACGGCUUCAAGGAGAGCGACGAGCUCUUCAGGAGAUACAGGGGCCAGAGCCCACUGAUGAGCUUCGGGGCCAGUUUCGUCAGUUUCCUGAAUGCAAUGAUGACUUUUGAGGAGGAGAAGAUGCAGACGGCCUGUGAUGACCUGAGGACUACUGAGAAACUGUGUGAGAGCGACAGCGCCGGAGUGAUAGAGACAAUCAGAAACAAGAUAAAGAAGAGUAUGGACUCUCAAAGGUCAGGUGUUGUUGUCGUGGACCGCCUUCAGCGACAGAUCAUCGUUGCUGACUGUCAGGUGUACCUCGCAGUGCUCUCCUUUGUCAAACAGGAACUCUCUGCCUACAUCAAAGGAGGCUGGAUUCUUCGUAAGGCUUGGAAAAUGUACAACAAGUGCCACAGUGACAUCAGCCAGCUGCAGGAGACCUGUGAGCGCAGGGCCUCUGUCACCCAGGACUCCCUCUCAGCAGACAACGCCAACCACAACGCCCCGGUGGAGAACGGCGUGACGCCCGAGGCCCUGGACCGACUCAAGGGCUCCGUCAGCUUCGGCUACGGCCUUUUCCACUUGUGCAUCUCAAUGGUGCCGCCACACCUGCUCAAGAUUAUCAACCUUCUGGGUUUUCCCGGGGACAGACUCCAGGGCCUGUCCUCCCUGAUGUAUGCGAGCGAGAGCAAGGACAUGAAGGCGCCGCUGGCUACGUUGGCCCUCCUGUGGUACCACACGGUAGUGCUUCCUUUCUUCGCUCUGGAUGGCUCUGACACACAUGCAGGGCUAAUGGAGGCCAAGGCUAUUCUGCAGAGAAAGUCGGUGGUUUACCCCAACUCAUCGCUCUUCAUGUUCUUUAAAGGACGGGUUCAGAGGCUAGAGUGCCAAAUCAACAGCGCUUUGGCCUGUUUCCAUGAUGCUUUAGAGCUUGCAUCAGACCAAAGAGAGAUCCAGCAUGUGUGUCUCUAUGAGAUUGGAUGGUGUAGCAUGAUAGAGAUGAAUUUUGAAGAUGCGUACAGGUCGUUUGAGAGACUGAAGAACGAGUCUCGCUGGUCACAGUGCUACUACGCGUACUUAACCGGCGUGUGUCAGGGUGCUUCUGGCGACCUAGAUGGAGCGAGUGGAGUUUUCAAAGAUGUGCAGAAGCUCUUUAAGAGGAAAAACAACCAGAUAGAGCAGUUUGCUGUCAAACGGGCUGAGAGAUUGAGAAAGAUAUCUCCCACCAGAGAGCUAUGCAUCCUCGGUGUUAUCGAAGUGCUUUAUCUGUGGAAAGCACUUCAAAACUGCUCCUCGUCUAAAUUGCAGAUAAUGAAUCAGGUGUUACAGAGUCUAGAUGAUGCUUCGUGCAGAGGCUUGAAACAUCUCCUUCUCGGUGCCAUUCACAAAUGUCAUGGGAAUAUAAGAGACGCUGUUCAGUCACUCCAGUUGGCUGCUAGAGACGAGUAUGGACGGCAGAUCAACUCAUAUGUUCAACCAUAUGCUGUCUAUGAACUGGGAUGUAUACUCCUUGCCCAAGCUGAGACAGUGGGAAAGGGAAGGUCAUUGCUACUUCAAGCAAAGGAGGAUUUUACGGGCUACGACUUUGAGAACCGGCUUCAUGUCCGCAUCCACUCCGCCCUGGCCUCGUUGAGGGAGGUAGUGCCGCAGUGACUCCAGGAAGAAGCCGUGACAGCUCAAGCUGUGCUAAUGGUAUUUUGAAGACACGUUUUUAAGCCAUUCGAACCAACUCUUUGACAUCCCCUUGAACGGGCUCCUGUGUUUGUCAUUCUUAUACAGAUGCAAAGAAAUACGCUUGUUUGUCGUCUUCCUCUUUAAACAGCCUGGGAUGAGGUUUCAUCUUUGUGCAGACAUGCCAAACUCUGCUCUAUAUAUAGGCUUAUAUAUAUUAUACUUAACUAUACUGUAACUUAUCUUGUUGUUGACCAGCAAGCUAAUAACCAAUUACAUCUUAAAACGUGGUUCGGGCACAAAAUAGUUAAGUUAUGGCCCCAACUAGAUUAUGUUUAGUUUCAAUUUAACGUUUAGGCUCAUUGAUUCCCCUUCCACUUCCUGUCUGUAUGCUAACCGGGACUAAACAUGUCCCUGGGCUACGUCUGAACUGGACGCACAGAGAUCAAACUGUUGUGAAUUCUCGACCUGGAGAAAGAGAACAAACAAGUAUAUUUCCUCGUCUCUGUGACUGUUCCUUUACGUGUUUUCCGCACCCUAAUGUUUAAGCUAGCUAGUUAACAAUUUUCCUCUUGAACUUGUGUGUUUGGAGGAUUUCAAUUCCACCCGUUCAGUGAGCAAUUCAGCACGUAAAAGUAACAUUCUAAAGAGAUCGUACCGUUCCUCCCUUCAUAGUAACUUUAUAAAGUGAUAAAAGAUUCAGAUAAAAGUGUUUUCCACAUUCUGUUAUAACAUGCAGAUGACUUUUUAGAACAUCUUCUCCAAAUAAUUCAGUAUAAUUAAUUCCUUCGCCAUAUCACAUAUCAUGAAAACAGUUAGGGAAUUUAAUUUAAAUCCGAUAAUUGAUUUUAUACGUUCUUUAAAAAUGACCAGCAGUUAUUCAAAACAUAGUGUCCUGCUCAUAAAAAUGGCCAAAUCUGCUUGUCAAAUUGCAAAAGGACGUGGACACAUAUCACACAGGGGCAGCUUGUAUUCACGAUGGACUUUAAACAAUAAACCUCGUAGUCUAAUUAGAAACUGUUCACCUAAAAUCACACAUACUGUCGUGACAACUAGGCCUGCUGUGUCUCACCCAAGUAGUUGAUACAUGUAUAGUAAAUGAGAAAUCACAAACCUUCACAAUGAUGUUAUAUGAAAACAAACGUUGAUCUGUGCACUAUGCAUUGUAUGGCAGGGGGGCAGCGUCUUUAUUGAAGUCAAAUGUUCCUGUGUGUCCAUCUGUUCCAAUACAUCAAGGUAUUGUACUAAAUGCAGUACUGUAAUGUUACCACUGACUGGUGCUGCUACAUGUCAGCCUAACAAACAUUUAUUACUAAUAACUUAUUUUGUUAGUGUUUUAGUGAUACAAGCUUUUUAAUUCGUCCAUAACAGUGAAGAGGUAAUUUAUUACAUAGCCGAAAGUUGUACUUUUACGAGCAUCAUGUACAUCAUGCUAUUUUAAUGAGUCGAUGGUAGUGUGAUCAGGCUGCUUCAAAAAUGUGAUCUUGAAUUCCAUAGUGACUGAACAUCUCAAACGAGUUUCACACUGUACAUAUGAAUUAUUCUGUGCAGGGUAUCGCCAGCUGAGUAAUGUUCAUCUGAGCAAUAUAAUCAAGAAGAGAACAUCUUCAUUUACAAAGGCUCUCAACAACAACUAUCUGUGUUUAUCUUCCAAAUUCUUAAGAAAAUGGAUGGAUUUGUUUUUGCUCACAGUAAGCUGGUCAGUCUAAGCCAGUCAUCCCCCUUUGGUUGUGGUGGAUGUAAAUUGUGGUAUAUGUUAAGAGGAGCACUGUGAGUGGUUGGUGCCAAGCAAGUGAUGUGAACAGUGAAAUGUCAGUAAGAUGUCACUUACCUGCUGUACCAAAUACUUCUGUCACGUUUUCCUUUUGUCAUGAGAUUUUGUUGAACUUGAGGCAACGUGAGGAUGACGGUGUUCCAAUGUGUCACUGAACUCUACAAUAAACUGUUCUCCAAUAA